UGAGACACAAGUUACGAAAUAUGACAAAUUCACGUGUUUUCACGUCAUAUUCAAUUAUACAUAAAAUUUAUUUCCUUACAAAAAGUAGUAAUAUAAUUUCCUUAAACAGGAACUAAAAAGGUGUCCAAUUUGUUUCUUACUAUUAGUUAUUAUUAUACCUUGUUGGUGUUCCAAAUCCAUUUUGAACAUUCACGGAGUAAUAAACUACGAGAGAUAAAUAUGAUGAGACCAAAAGGACGAUCCAAUCGAAGUCCCCAGUCUGCGUUACUCAGACACAUGUAGAUAAGAUAUGUCCACAUAUCAUAAAGUAUUUUGCUUUAGCAAAAAUUCGUUAAUUACAUAUACUAAUCCAAGUGUAAAAGUGUACAGAUAUAGAAGGUAAGCGGGGUCCGCACUCAAUGCCAUGAUCAUGAUGACAUCAUCUGAUCUCAUAAAACACACAACACAAAACCCCAAAACAACGUCUUGUGACUCUCUACGUUUCCUUCGUCUUCUCUCUUCCCUAUAUAAAACCCUUCAUUUUGUUUAGAGAUUAAGAUCAUUUGGAGUCUCUCCAAACCCUAAUAUCAAUAUUUUCAAUCCAUACUAAUAAAACCUUCCAAAUCUUCUCUGUAAAUGGCGGAGGAAUUCGAUGAAUCUGAGAUAGUGUUCUCCGACGGUUUUAGCUCCGUUCACCAUAAAGAGAACAAGAAGCGCCUGUUUGGUUCCGAUAUGGAGAUGAAGAAGAAGAGGUGGAUCAAGAUGACGACGACGGAUAAGGCGUUGUCGAGCUCGCUUCCGGUGAAUAUUCCAGAGAACAUGUUUAGAAGGUACGUUGGAAAAGAGGAGGAUGAUUACUCCAAGGAGGAAUAUUCCGACGUAGGAGAGAUGGUUCCGCCGCAUAUUAUGGUCGGACGGAGGAUUCAAGGAGGACAAAUGGCGUUUUCCGUUUGUUCAGGUAGUGGAAGGACUCUUAAGGGAAGAGAUCUGAGCCGGGUUCGGAAUUCGGUUCUUAGGUUAACCGGUUUUUUGGAGGCUUGAACCGUUACCGGUUUGCCAUAUUUUCUCAUCUUUUCCCAACUCUUUUUUUUUUCUUUUUUUCAGAUUUAACAAACUUUACUUCUCAAUUAUGAUUUUACUCCAUUCAAUCGUAAAAGAUGUACAAAGAAAACCUUAAAUACUAAGACUCUUAACCAAAGUUGAUAA